UAAACACAACUUUUAUCCAUAGCGGGGUUAGCCAAAGUUCCAAAUCCUUUCGCGGCCGUUGCUUCGGGGUUUCGUUCUAUAACUCCUCCGCCGUAGCCGCCAGACACAAUUCUCCUGAGCGGAUCGCUUCUCUUCACCGUCCAAUACUAAAUCGGCGAUUCAAUUCAGGAUUAAGGUCUCAUAUGGAGAUCACACACACCAACUUGAACAUGAAACCAGUCGGACCAGGUGAACCAGAGCUCGACCUCUACACCAUUCCUAUCCAAUCCAGUUGGUUUGCUUGGGAUGAUAUUCAUGGGACCGAGAAAGUCGCUCUGAGAGAAUUCUUUGAUGGCAAUGCAAUCUCAAGAACGCCAAGAAUCUACAAGGAGUAUAGAGACUUCAUCAUCAACAAGUACAGAGAGGAUCCCUCACGGAGGCUCACCUUCACAGAGGUUCGAAAGUCACUGGUGGCUGACGUUAGCUUGCUUAACAAAGUUUUUAAGUUCCUGGAGCAGUGGGGGUUAAUCAACUUUGGUGUAUCCAUUGAUCCAGUAAUAGAGGGCGAGGAAAGUGAAAGGGUUUGGGUUGAGGAGGGUGCUCCCAAUGGGGUUCGUGUGGUGGCAAUGCCGAAUUCGUUGAAGCCAGUUUCUGUGCCACAGAGUGUGGGGGGGAGACAGGCUGUUGAGAAUGUACCGAAAUUGCCACCAUUGACAUCCUAUACUGAUACUUUUGGUGAUUUGAUUAAGAGAAAGGGCUUGGUUUGCAGGAACUGCGGAGAACGUUGUGGUUCUGGUUGUUAUGAGUGUACGAAGGAUCAUUACAUGAUAUGCACAAAAUGCUUCAAUAAUGGAAAUUUUGGGGAGAACAAAUCUGUGGAUGAUUUCAAGUUCAUUAACUGCAGUGAAAACAGUGGUGACAAUAAAGUUGCUUGGACUGAGCCAGAAACUUUACUUCUUUUAGAAUCUAUUUUGAAGCAUGGGGAUAACUGGGAGCUAGUUGCAGAAAACGUUCAAACAAAGACUAAGCUUGAUUGUAUUGAGAAGCUCAUUGAGCUUCCUUUUGGGGAAUUUUUGUUGAGCUCUGCCCAGCAAAGGGGUAAUUUUGGUGGCUCUAAUGGUGAUGUGAACGGGCUAAACCAGUUGGAAUUAACUCCAUCUCAGCAUCAAUGGAAUAGCAAAACAGAGGCUCAACAGCCUGUGCAAACAAAUGAGAGUGAGCAGAAUGGGAAUGAUGUUGAACUGGGUUCCCAUCCUUCGAAAAGAAAAUGCAUUGCUUUACCUUCAGAUGCUAACAGUUCACUGAUGAAAAAGGUGGCUCGCAUCUCAACCAUGGUUAGUUCACAAGUCACAGCAGCUGCGGCUGAGGCUGCUGUGACAACACUUUGUGAGGAAAGCUCAUUUCCAAGGGAAAUCUUUGAUGGUGAGGAGUAUAAUGCAACCAAUGGUCUGCAGUCUCCUACUCUGCAUUAUGAGCAAGCUAGUGCCCAUCAGGUGGAUGGUUCAGAAAUGAAACAUGAGCAUACUUUAUCAGAGAAUGAGGAUACUUCUGCCAAAAAUGACAUACCUCUAACAUUGCAACUUAGAGCUGCAACUGCAACAACUCUUGGAGCAGCUGCUGCUCAUGCGAAAUUGUUGGCUGAUCAAGAACACAGAGAGAUGGAGAAUUUAGUGGCAACAAUAAUUGAUACACUGAUGAAGAAAUUGCACCGCAAAAUAAGACAUUUUGAAGAUCUGGAGCUAAUAAUGGAGAAAGAAUAUGCUGAAAUGGAGCAAGAAAAAGAGUGUAUAAUAGCGGAGCGGAUUGAUGUGCUACAGAAGACUUUUAAUGCAGGAAUAUCCAUGUGGAAAAGCUCAUGAGUGUCUUUUGAUGGAGUUCUGGACUAGAAUGAUGCCAUUUAUAAGACGAAAAACGUAGAAUAUAAUGGAUUUAACAUGGAAUUGUAGGAUUUAAAAUGUGUAGUAUGUGCAAAGUUUUCUCUGGUCAUGUAUAA